AAAACAAAACCAAAAUAUAGUGACAUUUUUAGGUUAUCAUUGUUUUGGAACCGUGAGGCACCUAUUAUAACUUCGUGUGUAAUUUUGAAUUGAUUUAUCAUACCCUCUUUUUCAUUGAAACACUCUACUAAGUUUUGUUCCUUAGAAGAUUCAACUAUGUCUUCUCAACAAUUUGAUCAUGGUGUCCACUUUUUCAAGGUUAUUCUUCAAAAAAGCAUUCAAGAAGGAAAACUGAAAGUGCCACAAAGUUUUGUGAUGAAGCAUUGGCAAGGAAUAACAAAUCCUAUUACUCUAAGGCUUCCAAAUAUGACUCAAUGGGAAGUUUUAUGGGAGAAAACUUGUGAUUAUGAUGUUUGUUUUUGCAAAGGUUGGAAAGAAUUUGCAAAUUAUUUAUCUUUGAGUGAUUCACAAUUUGUUGUGUUUAAAUACCAAGAAAAUUCGCACUUUAAUGUGAUUGUAUUCGAUAAAUGUGGCUUAGAAAUAACAUAUCCUUUAAGAGAAACUAGUGAAAAAUGUGAAGAUGUUGAUGAAAGUGAUUAUUCUCUCGAAAUAAUUGAGGAUCCUUCAUCGUCGCGGCGUAAAAGACCAAAAUCUCCAUCAUCGUCUUCUAAAAUUUAUAAGAAGGUGAAAAUAAUCUCAAAAGAACAAAAGGAAUGUAAGCAUGAGAAGAGCAAAGUCCUAGCACAUGCAAGAUUUUAUAAUUCUAAGCAUAUGGACAAUGUGGCAGGAAGUAGCUGCGAUAAUAUUCUUAAGAGAAGUAGAAUUUUGCAUGAGAAAGUGAAGAAUGAAUUCAGUUGUGAGAAGGACUUCUUUAUAUGUGUGAUCCACAAGACAUACAUUGAGAGAGAUCUCUUGGUCAUACCAAGAGAUUUUUCAAAAAUACAUCUACACAGAAUGGAAGGAAGAAAUGCUACAAUUUUUGUUGACCAAAACAGAACAUGGAAUGUUGACUUGAAGCUCACUAGAAAUGAUCAAUUUACACUUAGUGGUGGUUGGAAUAAAUUUCGUCAUCACAAUAAUGUGAAAUAUGGUGAUGUUUGUGUUUUCAUUCUAAACAAAAUCAAAGGAACAGUUUCAUUCCAAGUUGUUAUUUUCUCUCUAGAAAAGGAAAUCACCACUCCCUAUUUUGAAUGAAGGGUAUAGAAAUAAACAACAUUAGAAGGUUGGCUUGAAUUUGUGAAAGGUUGUGACUAGAAAGAGGGUGAUACUUCUCUAUUCUCUAUUGGAAAUAGUCGAUGAACAAAACCUUGUAAUUGAAGUUACCUUUUAUUUCUCGUUUCAAACUAUGUAUCUGAAUAUAUCUUCGCCUCCGUUUAUUGUGUGUGUUGAACCUCAUUAUAGACUAUAUGCUUGACAAUAUCAACCAACUAUUAAGAUA